GAAAUUAGUUCGAGAUGUAAAAAAAAAAAAGUGUCGUUAAACCUAACGUUUAUUUGAACUUGAAUGCACCAGGCGAAGUUAGCCGAAAGGUAGGUGUGUGGGUUGAAGGAUAACAUUUAAGAAUGUAAGAAAAAGCAAGGUGACAGAAAAAUAGACAGUAUAUUCUAUCGGCUAGUAAUUAUAUCUGUUAAGAUAUAAUACAAACCAAAUAAUUAUAUGAUUACUCAUACAAAGACACAGUAUUUUCCCCUAAUUUCCAGGAUAAAAACUCUGGUACUGUGUUACCCAGGCCUUUCCAUCUAGAUGGUUUAUGGACCAAAAGAGGACAGGCCAGGAUGAGAAAAUACGUCAGACUUUCAUGCUUUUUCAGCCCAGUAUUUUUAUUAUUAGACAUUGCUACAUGUAUGUAUAUAAAAUUACAUUAUAGAGAUGCAGGAGGUGGACAAAAUUUUUAAAGUGCCAUCAUGUACAGGAACUUCAAGGCAUAGCCUUGCAGCCAACUUUCAAAAAAACAAGGCAGAAAAUGGAUCUCCUCCCAUUGGAGUGUUUUGGGAUAUUGAAAAUUGUCAAGUGCCCAAGGGAAGAUCAGCUAUUGGUCUUGUUCAACAAGUUCGACAGCAGUUCUUCAGUGGGCACAGAGAAGCAGAGUUCCUGUGUGUUUGUGACAUAAGUAAAGAAAGCAGAGAUGUUAUUCAAGAACUCAAUUUAGCACAAGUGACAGUGGUUCACAUUAAUGCUACAAGUAAAAAUGCUGCCGAUGACAAACUGAAACAGUGCAUGAGACGAUUUGUUGAUAUACAUGGGUCCCCGUCUACUGUGCUUUUGAUAUCUGGAGAUGUAAAUUUUGCAACAGAACUUUCAGAUUUUCGCCAUCGCCGCAAUAUCCGUAUCAUCCUUCUACACAGUAGCAGAGCACCUGAACCACUACUUGCUUGUGCACAUGAAAAUUAUAGCUUUCCUGAACUAGCCUCUACUAUCCCAUUUCGUAGUCCUGUCAGGGGAACAAAUAACAGAGUUUGUGAAUUGAUUGUGAGUGAUUUACCAACCAAUCGAGAUGCUCGGCAGAUACACAAUAGACUCAAGCAACUUUCAGAUAACUGUGGAGGACGAGUGCUGGCUGUUAAUGGAGCUACUGCUAUAUUGAGGUUUCCAAGCCCUGAAGCAGCUCAAAGAGCAAAGAAACGUAUGGAUCGGGAGGAUGUCUUUGGUACCAAAAUAUCAGUAAAUUAUUCCCAGAAAUCUGGCUUCUGUUUUAAUGGCAGAGAAAACUCUCCUCAACGCUCAGGUCGUUCUCGUUCCAGAGGCUUUAGGCCAGCUCGUCAGCGGACAGCUAGUAGUGGUAGUAGUAGAGAAUCAUCCCCAGCCACUCUCAGAGGACCAGAAGCAGAUGUUGGUAGUGGUUCUGAAUCAUCUCAAGGAGCUUCUCCACAGCAUAGGUCUUUUGUUUUUCCCCCUCCUCCUGACCUUAUCAGCCAGAGUCAUCUUGGCCACAAAAAACAUGUUAGUAAAACUCGUGGUAAAAGGGGCUCCUGCAAUCGAGCAUUAGAGGUAGGGAUAUCUUCAACAGAUGCUAGGAGCCAGAAUUCUGAAGAAGAAUCGAGUUCAACCUCUAGAGAAGAUGAAAAGCAAAGAGAGAGGGGAUGUAACAAAUCACUGAGUAAUAUAUCUUUGGGAAGCAGAGAAUCUUCACCUAAAGUUGACAAUUCUGUGAUUAUUAAUAAUAGAGUAGGACUUUCUCAGAAGAAUGUAGGUCGUGUUUCACCCUUCAUGAUGAAUGAGUGUUGUAAAACAAAACUGUUCCCUGAAAAGACAAGUGUACCUCUGUCAGGUGUCGAGGCUCUUCACCGUCGUUCGUUAACACCAUCAGUCCUAGAAAAUGUUUCAACGUUUGUAGGAGCAAAUUCAUUAUCUCCCCACUCCUUUACUCGAUAUAUGGCUGGAUCUCCACUGAUUGUUAGUCAUGCUUCGAAAUCCUUGGAUAUUCCAGCUCAGCCUCUGUAUACUUGGAAUUUAACAACACUGUCUCGUGACCUAUCCCAGCCUCCUGGGAGAGCAAGUCCAAUAAGUACUGUCUCCUCCACUCAAAAUUUAACAUCUCCAGUUGAACUUCAGGUCACAAACUUAGACCAGAGCAUUGAAGCCAAUGAGAUGAAAAAGAUUCUUUUUUCGGUUUUCCGAGAGCAUGUCAUGGUGAUUCAUAUAUCAUUGGCUUUGCAAGCAGACAACAGUUUGAAAGCUAUUGUAAAAGUACCAUCACAACAAGAUGCACAAUAUGCUAUUUCCCAACUUCAUAGACGAAAAAUUGGUUACAAGCGCAUUCUAAUAGCUUACACAUCCUCUGAUCGGACGCCACCUUUACACAUUUUAAGGUCAGAAGUGGUGGCUUUGCUCAGCGAUGUUCCUACAAAGAAACUGCCUGUUUUUAAGUUUAGGGAGCUCUUUGAGAAAAGAUACCACAGAAGUAUUAGUGUGUCAGAACUGUAUAAGAUGAAAGAAGCAGUCCAUAUUGUGGAAGAUGUAACUGGAAGAAUGGUGAGUUUGAAUCCAGACUACAGAAGUACACCAUCACCAGUAGACUCGGAGGGAUCCCAGGAAAUACAGCAGAUUUUAGAAAAGCCUUAUUGUGAGCAACACUUUAGACUGUCUGAUUCUCGUGGUUGGGCAGAGCAAGAUAGUGUUUACCCACUACCUGAUGUUUUUGUGACGUUGAAAACUUUAGCUCCUCAAGUUCAUACAUUGCUAGACACCCAUCAAGGAACACUGCCACUCAACAGCUUCUGUGCAUGCUACGAAGCUGAAUUUGGACUCUUACCUGUACAGGAAGGCUUGAAAGAAAGUUGCAGGUCUAGUCUGCCCGAGGGACAGGUUAGUGUCCGUAGCAGCUGUGGGUUAGUGUCUGAUCUCUCGGAGUUUGGAAUACCCCUAGAGCACCUAAUAGCGUGCAUACCAGGUGUUCAGAUUACAAAGUCAGGCCUUGGUGUGAAGAAGGUUCAAUGGCUUGGUGACAGAUCCCUGGAUGAGCAAAGUCAGCGAAGCAUUAGUCCUGCCUUAGUUGGCCAAUUGGCACUUUUCAGCCGAGAGAUGGUCGAUCUUCUAAAGAAUCAGCCUCGGUGUCUGAUGGCAUUUAGCAAGUUUAUUCCUGCCUACCACCAUCAUUUUGGCCGUCAGUGUCGUGUGGCAGACUAUGGUUUUACCAAGCUCAUUGAUCUUUUGGAAUCAGUCCCACAGGUUGUUCAGAUUUUGGGUCAGGGUCAGGGUCGUCUUUUAACCCUAACUCACAGGGCUCAAGUGAAGCGGUUUGCUGCAGAUCUCUUGCGAAUUUUGAAAUCUCAAGCCAGUAAGCAGGUGAAACUUUCAGAGCUAGCCUUGUUGUAUGAAGAAAUAAUAGGGAAGAAAUUUGUUGUUACAAAUUAUGGAGUAUGUGAAAUCUCUGACAUUCUGGCUGAAGUAGCCGAAAGUAGUGUUGUGAUUGACAGUACAUCAGAAGAGACUGUCAUUGCCAUUCCUAAAAGAGAACAAACCUCAGAGGAAAUAGAACGAACCAAACAAUUCAGUGCCGAAGUGGUUGAACUUUUGAAACAUAGCCCAACAUGUUCCAUGUCAUUCAACAAAUUUGUCCCAGCAUAUCACCAUCACUUUGGCAAGCAGUGUCGAGUCUCAGACUAUGGCUUUACCAAGUUGAUUGAACUGCUUGAAGUCAUCUCUGAUGUCUUAAAGGUAACAGGUUCAGGUGAGGACAAAGUUAUAGAGUUACAAGAAUCAGAGAAAUUGAGAGUUAUGGCAGAGAGGAUUGUGGCUGUUGUGAAAGAUUCCCCUAACCAGACUUUCCUCUUGUCACAUCUCCCCAAGGCGUACUUGAAACUACAUGGCCAUGCCCUACAUUGCGAGGAGUAUGGCUGCUCUAGCACAGAAAACCUACUUUCAAAAUUGAAGCAUGCUGUGAAGGUUUUGAAAAUGGCAGAAGGUCCGAUGAUUACACUGGUAGAUAGAGGGUUUGUACGCCAAGUGUCAUUACGUGUCAGAAGAUUGUUGAUGGAGCAGCUAAAUGGAAGUUGUACAAUUGAAGAACUAUGCCAGCGAUACUUAAAGCGAUAUGGGCAUUCAAUUACAGUGUCAAUGGUGCAGCAAGAUCUAGGAGAUGUAGUGCAGAUUGACGGUGACAUCAUCCGCCUGGCACCUAUCCAGUUACUGGCUCGUGAUAUCUUGAUUCUUCUCCAUGAACAUAAUGGGGCCAUACCACUGCCGAAUUUUGAGGGGGCAUACUUUCAACGUUUUGGUGUCCCUUGCCGUCCUGCUCAGUAUGGAUUUCAGAGUCUAGUUUCAAUGCUACAGGCAAUUCCAGACUACGUUCUUGUGAAAGGCCGUCGUAGUAAACGGAUGAUUUUGCUCAAUCGUGACACAGCAGGUUCUCCACUUCCUCUAUUCUUAACAAGUAGGGAAGUACCAGAAAAAGUAAAGUCCACAGCUAAUGCAGCAGCUAAAAAUACCAGUGAUAAAGAAAUUGGCCAAUCGUUUGAAAUAUCCACAACUAAUACAGCCACUAAAAAUGCCAGCGAUAAAGAAAUUGGCCAAUCAUAUGAAAGUGCAGAACUUCUGCAAGUCAGGAACUCUCCAGUGGACUUGCUAAGCCAACCCAUACCAAGUAGUGUCCCUUCUCCUGAACUGCACCCAGAGCUGCAGUCAUUGGCAGAGAGAGACCUAAUGGGAUUUGAUUCCCCAAAACCAUCUUCUCCGGCUCUGUUGGAAGAAGAACAGGAAGCUGAAUUCCAGUUGAGCACGCUGCCCUUGCAGUAUCCUUCAGUCAACCUAACUUCGUCCUGUCCACUGCCAGCAGUAGCUACUAGUUCAGGUUAUUCAUACCAACCAGAUUGUCCAGUAUUAGCUUACUCCUCACUUCCUCCCAGCUCUCAGCAGCAAACUCUUAAAGCCAGUACCUGCAACGAUCAUGGUGGAUUUAGCACGCUUCCUCGAAACAUGGCAAAGUCCCGACCUGACUCCCUUUCUUACGAGGAUCUUACUAUCAUUGGGCGUGAAGAUGGUUUUCCCAGUACUCAGAGCACUCCAACACGGGGACCCACUAAAGUUUACCCCCGAAGUCGUAUUGCAGCCCAUUUUCCUAUUCCUUUGGAACCCAGAUAUUGAAAGCUGAUUGACAUUAACUCUUAAGUGUGUGUGUGUUGUUCAAUUUUUUCUUACUUUUUCACUAAAGUGCAUUGGUGUGUUGUUUUUGUCAAAGAACAAAGACUGUUAUAUAUGUCUACAAACCAUAUUUUGUUUAAGGUAUAAGAAGCUCUUGAAAAUUUUUUUCCCCCUUUUUUAAUGGCAAAAUGAUUUUGUCAUAAACAAUGUGUUCCGAAUGGUAUUUCUAUUUUAUGAAUCCUCAAAAUGUAAUAUGAAAUGUGGCUUUUUUUCAUGAUAUGUCUUUAAUGGUGCCAUAGGAAGUACAGCGUGUAUUUCGGAAAAAAUUGUGUAAAAUUGGUGCAUAUUAAAGUUUCAUUUUCUUUGUUCUUUUUUUUAUUAUUUAUUUAUUGGGACCAAUGAAGUUGAAUUGUCAUUUCUUCUUUUGUAUUAUGUGUUUAAUACAAAGUACUGAAACUGACAAAGUUGAUUUUAUGAAGUAAUUUAAGUGUAGGUUAAUGGUUUUGUUUAAAAGGUAGAACCCAGUGAUUUUAGUAACUAUGAAGUUUGAAGUUAAUCUUGUAAUAACUGUAUUGUUUAGGGGUAAUGAAGAAGCUCACCACACCACCAUUCUUAGUUUCCUGUGAUUUACUAGAUGUGUUCGUAAUUUAAGGUUCCGAGUUAUCCAGAGAGAUUUAGUUUACUUGUAGAAUGAAAUGUAAACAUUGAUGUAUAGUGUUGUUAAAAUAGUCUGUGCAGAAGGUUUUGUAUUAAAAUGCAUUGUAGAUCUAUUUUUACAAUGUUCAGUUUGCAUACUGAGGCAAAGAAACGUUGUUGCUAUAGUUACCCUGCUAGUAGUAAGGGUAGUACGGUUGUUGUGGCAACAGACUUUUACUCCUACAAUACACUGUGUAUUUGGAGUGAUCUGAAAUGGCAAAAGUACCUUGUUACCCCUUUUUGUUAUGCUCCAAGAGUAUUAUUUGGAGAUUGUAAGAGGGGAAGGUAAUUUGUCAAAUGAAAGGUAUUCAGUUUUCUUUGGCCUCAGUUGAACUAUUAAUUUCUAAGCUACAUUUCUUUUAAUAGAUAUGUAGUGCAUUAGAAAAUUACUCGGAUUUUUUAUUGUAUGUAGACAACUCCAGUAUUACCCUCUUUAGUGAAAUCUUUUUUUUUUGUGACUUACAUGUGAAGUGGAAGUAAUCAGGCUAAGAAAUUAAGAAUUUUACCUUUCUUUGAAUCACAGGUAGUACACUACCUUGUAGUAAUGGAAGUACUUAGAUCUCUCUAUGAAUAGUAUAUUUCUUUAUUGGAAUUUUUUGGGGGAGAGGAAUUCCAUGUACAAAAAAAAAAGGACUUGCUUGUCUCCUCAGAUAUGGACUGGAAUGUAUUUGAACUGUAGUUUUCUUUUGCACAUUAAAUUUGUAGCUUAAAAAUGUUAUUGAAUUGAAGUUUAGGAUUUUGCUUGUUUGUUAAAAAUGAAAGCCAGAGUCUAGACUGUAUUGAACAUAAAAGGUUAUAUGUUUGUCAAAUACAAACUAAUAAAUAAUUUUGAGCUGGUA